AUGCUUUCCAAACUUCCUCUCAUCGCUUUCUUCCUGCCCACCGCUCUCGCCUGUCUGGGCUACGAGGGUGGCGUGCCUAAAGCAACUGCCUCCCACUCCAACAGCGCCGUGAUCGAGGUCGCCGCUGGAAAGACCUUCGACGGUGGCUGGGCUAGGUAUGACCGUGGUUCGGGUGCCUGCAACUCGCAGACUGAAGGUGACUGGAAAGACGCCGUCUUCUACCUUCAAUCCGGCGCAACGCUGAAAAACGUCAUCAUCGGCAAGAACCAAGCAGAGGGCGUGCACUGCAACGGACCCUGCACGCUGGAAUUUGUCUGGUUUGAGGAUGUUUGCGAAGACGCAAUUUCCAUCAAAAACGACAAAGCGGGCCAGGAGACCUGGAUCAUCGGCGGAGGAGCUUACCAUGCGAGCGACAAGAUCGUGCAGCACAAUGGAUGUGGUACCGUUAAUAUCAUCAACUACUAUGUUGAGGACUACGGCAAGCUCUACCGGUCUUGCGGCAACUGCAAGAGCCAGUGCAAGCGCAACGUCUACGUGGAGGGUGUGACCGCUCGCAACGGUGGCGAACUCGUUGGCAUCAACUCAAACUACGGUGACACUGCCACGCUCAAGAAUGUCUGCACCGAUACCAAGAGCCCAUGCGUGCUCUACGAUGGAUGUGCUGGUGGCUGCGAGCCCAAGAAGCUUACCAUGGCCCCCUUCUAUACUCUCUGCUACAUGCUUUGCCUUUUAGGCACAGCCUCCGCUGCCAUUCUGCGUCUUGUGCCCAGCUUUGGUGAUAACCCUGGUCAGGAUCGGAUGUACAUCUACGUUCCUAAUGACGUGUCUGACAACCCAGCCAUUGUGGUCGCCCUCCAUGGCUGUCUGGGCAGUGCUCCCAGCUACUACCGUUCAAAUGACAUCUCCGCUGCCGCCGAUAAGCACGGAUUUAUUGCCAUUUACCCCGGCUCUACGCGCGACUCUAACUGCUGGGAUGUGAACACCGAGCUCUCGCUCACGCACAAUGGCGGUAGCGACUCUCUUUCUAUCGUCAACAUGGUCAAGUAUACGCUAGACAAAUACGGCGGCGAUCCAUCUCGCGUCUUCGUGACCGGCUCGUCCUCCGGCGCCAUGAUGACCCAAACGCUGGUCGCCGCCUACCCGGAUAUCUUCUCUGCGGGAGCCGCCUUCUCGGGCCUGCCAUACGGAUGCCUCAAGGGCUCGCCGGGGUCGAGUCCCUUCUCCUCGGAUCCAGCCUGUGCUGCCGGCGAGGUGAUCAAGACGGGCCAGGAAUGGGCCGCCCUUGUUGAUCAGGCAUACCCGGGUUGGGACGGGAAAUAUCCGAAAUUGCAGGUGUGGCAUGGCACGGCGGACACGGUGAUUUCGCAUCAGAACCUGGCAGAAGAGCAGAAGCAGUGGUCGAGCGUGUUCGGGGUUUCUCUCAGUAAAAGCGUUAGCGACACGCCGCAGUCCGGCUACACGCAGUAUGUUUACGGUGACGGCACACAAUUUGUAGCGUAUUCGGCCAAGGGAGUGGGCCACGUUGUGCCAACGCAGGUGGACUCGAUCUUGAAGUGGUUUGGAAUUAUCUGA